GACGGUGCACUUCAUAUCAGGUCGUCGAUGGGAUCCAAUGUAGACCGGAGUCGAUCGGUUUCGAAUGGAUAUCAUUACUGAGUCAUAAUAUGCCUGUUUAUGCAUUUAUCCUUGAAUAGACCUAUAGAAGAUAUUUUGAUGAUUGGUUGUGAAUUUUAUAAAUAUAAUUACUACCAUGGUGUUUUGAAAGGGGGACAGUUAGUGAGUUACGAGUUUGCCACACUGAAUCUGAUGGGACUUUUGUCUGUGGAGCCUUGUGUAGAUCCUAUAAAGAUUUAACCUUUCGAUGGAACUUUAUGGGAUGUGAAAAGAAAAGCGGGAAAACGACUGGAUUUUGACCGAUAAUAUGCAGGGCCGCUACGGUUAUGUGUUGUCUGAACCCGUUGUUAUCUUGGGGAAGGGCCGACAGUGUGUCGUGAAACUUGCAACGUCGACGCGUUACCAAACUCCGCGCAAAGUCGCCAUCAAAAUCAAUUUGCCGUCACGGUCGUCUGCUCGGGAAUCCGAGAUACUCUUCAAACUCAACCAUGAGAACGUCGUGGAGAUCUUCGACUACUUCGUCUUCCAGGAUCACUCGUAUAUCGUCCUCGCGCUGGCUGAAAACGGUGACAUGCGGAACUUCGUCCGGCAACGGGGUCGCCUGGGCGAGGCUUUGGCGCUGAAGAUGUGCGAACAGAUUUUUGAGGGCGUGGCCUACCUGCACGAUACCGCUUCUGUUGCGCACUGCGAUUUGAAAUGCGAGAAUGUGCUCGUCGAUGAGCGAGAGGAUGUGAAGAUUGCCGAUUUUGGACUCGCGGUAGAAAUCGCGGUUGGUUCGAAUGGAACAUCUCAACCACGCAGAACUUCAAAUUCACGUAACCAUGGUGACAGUCAGAAUGGAGUUUCCGACUCUUGCUCUAGCAGGGCUGAAAGCAUUUCGCCCAUCCCGCAAGGAAUCGCGUCGUUAGGCGGUUCUCCCGCGUACGCGGCUCCCGAGGUUUUGGACUCCCGCGUCACAGACUUACGCGCGGCCGAUGUCUGGUCAGCCGGGGUCAUCACAUUCUUUAUCCUCACCACCUACUUGCCAUUCGGUUGCUAUGGAAACAAGAACAUUCGGGAAGCAAUGAACAGACCUCUCCGCUGGCCGCGACCUCUAAAACAAGUUAAGAAAUCGGAUCGAACAUUCGUGCAAUCUGCGUUGGUUUUGAAGCCGAGUGAGCGACCUACUGCACGAGCUCUUCUUGAAAGACUUCAAAGAAUGCAGCCCUCAACGUCAUAACAACUCGCUUAUUUAACAACAAAGUCAAUAUAGAUAUUAUGUGGUACUGUGAUAGUUGUCAAUGAUGGGGCUUCCUAGUUCAGAGAACAAGGGUUUUGCUAAGCAAUUUUGAGUUGUCGGCGGGUGGGGGAGAAUGUCUAUUUUGUACUCUCUGCAAAAUAUAGACGAGCCCCUAUCCUACAUUUAAUUUGUUAGGAAAUUAUUUAUAUUGGAUUGUAUGAUUGGACAAAUGCAGGUAGCAUACUACUUUACCACCAUGUUGUGAAGGGAUCAAAACAACGAAACCCAACACAUUUGUCUUUUAACACAAUCGUAGUUCAUGUACACAUUUCCGUAUGUUGCUAAAGAUAUAUCACUUGAUUAUAUUUUCAUCAUUAUAUUGUGCACAUAUUUUAAUCUCAAAAUGCUCGAAGAAAAUGGUAAAGAUUAUAUAUUUUUUUCCCGUUUGACUUUUUGUGCACCUGCAGAAAAAAUGACAACCUAAAGUGAAACCUAAUCCAUUGUAUUAAAUAUCAGUGGCUAUAAACCCCCUAUAAACAAGUGGAUGGAAAUGAAUGUUGUGAUUAUAUUCCAUUAUAUCAACUCAAACCAAUUAUAACAUGCUCUGUAAAUCUGUAUUUUUAAUGAAUUUACUUUUUUCCGCAAUGUUUUCCUUCUAUGAGAAUAUCAAUUUUGAUUAUUUUAUUACAAAUUUAUACAGAUUAAAAAUUGAGCUUU